AUGCCCCACCCGAAACCUAACCACGCCCCGAACAAAAAACGCCGCCGCGAGCCCGUAAACGUCGACACGAAGCUCGUGGAGAUCUACGAGGAUCUCGCGAGCGAGAAUGACGAGAUCCGGUUAAAGGCCGCGCAGGCGCUUGUGUCACAGUUCACGCCGGAUAAGAAGCCGGCGGACGAGCAGAUUAGAAAGGCGCUGCAACGAUUGUUUCGUGGGCUCUGCAGCAGUCGCAAGGCGGCGCGAGUGGGCUUUUCGAUUGCAUUGACAGAAGUGCUCGCGCAGGUGUUCUCGAAAGAGGGCGUGGAAUCUCGCGAAGAGGAUAUUACUGUUGACGGGGUGCUGGGGAUCUGGGAGGGGGUUUCGCAUGCGACGGGCGGUGAAUCCGGGCAGGAAGUGCGAGAUCACCAUUUCGGGCGGCUCUUUGGCGCAGAGGCCAUCAUCAAGUCCGGGAUCUUGUACAGUCCCAAGAGCCGCAUUGCGGAGUGGACAAAGGUCCUAGAGCUGGUCCUCGACCUUGCGAAGAAGAAGCCUUGGAUUCGGGAAGAGUGCGGCUGGAUUAUUUACCGCUCCAUCUACGAUCUUUCGGCGCAGAAGGCUGACUCGAAACUCGUGGAGAUUGCGCUCGAGAGUCUCUGCUCCAACGACCUGGCGCGGACGCCCGAGGGUGUUGCGACGUGGGUGGCCGCAAGGGAUCUGUUCCCGGGAAUCGGCUUCCCGAAUAAGGUCUGGAAGCAUGAUGAUCCAUUGGAUUCGAAGGAGAGGAACCAGCUGGCAAAGGUCAUGAAGGAGUCCGAGCCUGCGGGAGAUAGUGAAGGUCCUAAGGUGUCGGGCGUGUGGAACUCAAAGCUUCACUUUGCUUGGGAUGCCGUGGUUAACAGCCUGAACUCCGUGAGCGAAAAGCCUUCGAAGUCUACAAGGCUUAGUUUUGCCGAUUUCUGGCUGGAGGUUGUUGAUAACGGUCUAUUCGCCUCUGCAUCAUCCGAAGAACGCAAAUACUGGGGUUUCCUACUUUUCGUCAAAGUCCUUAACGAGCAAAACCUCCAAGUCGCUUCCCUUGUCUUUACGAAGAACCUUGUCCGCUGUCUCACAAACCAACUCGCCGUCGAAGACCGCUACCUCCACCGGAUGGCCAUUAAAGCCUCGAAAGCUAUCCAAGCCCGCGUAUCCAAGGAGCCCGAAUUCGCAGCCGCCUCCGUAAAGGGCCUAAUGGGCACCGCCGGCUCCGUUAACUUCGACCAAAUCACAAAGACCAAGACAAUCGAGAAGAUCGUAUCCGAGGCGAACGUGGAGGCGCUCAACCAGAUACUGCCUCUUUUCGAGAGCCUCAUUGCGUCCCCGGGGACAAGUGACAGCAAGGCCGCUGCAUCGAGUCGCCAGGUUCUUGCCGGCUUGCUCUUGUCGAUGGUUCGAGCGCGCGUUUCCGCAAGCGAUGCAGCGGAUGAGGGGUCUGAAGCUGUGCUCGAGAGGAUUCUUGUUAUCUUUGCCCGAUUCGCCUACUUUACCAGCGACGAGGAUAAGGGUUCUGUGCAGCCGUCGCUCACUCAGCAAACGCAGGAGCUGUUCCGGAGCAGAAUCAACUCGUGCCUGAAUAGCAUCAUUGCGGCUCACAAGCACGCUUCAACGCUUCCGUAUGCGGUUGUUCGCAAGAUCCGCGAUGCGGCCAAGUCUGAGGAGUUUGGACCGUUCAUCAUCGCCAUGGACGAUGUGCUGAAGGAUUCGGUGAAGGGUGCGUUCAAGGCGCUGAAGAAGCUAUCUGGAAUGGACAAACCCUCCAACCAAGCCGGAAUCGACGCCUUCAAACUCCUCUACUCAAUGACAAUCCUACAAGUCUACAACGGCGACGCGGAUGCCGUCUCCAUGCUUGGCGAGCUUGACUUUUGCUACAGCAAGAUCUUCGGAGACAAGAAGUCGAAGAAGGGCAAGGAGGGAGAAGAAGAGACAUCAGAGGCCUCGGAUGCUCUUGUUGAGAUUCUGCUUAGUUUCGCGUCAAAGCCCUCGCAGCUUUUCCGCCGCAUGAGCGAGCAAGUCUUUACGGCGUUUGCGCCGAAUGUUACGGCUACGGGGUUGGAGUCGUUGACUUCGAUUCUUGAAGCGAAAGAAAGUCUCGCGGGCCAGCAGGAGAUGUUCGACCAACAGGACGACGAAGAAGGCGAAGGCGACGAAGACGAGGAGGACGAGGACGAGGACGAAGACAUGAUGGAUGCCGACAGCGACGUGGAAAUCAUCAAUGCCGACGAAGAUGCCGCCUUAGAAGCCUCAGAAAACGAAGAUGAUGAGGGCGACGAAGAGAUUGACGAAGAAGACGCGGCCGAAAUCGCCGCCUUCGAAGCCAAACUCGCCUCCGCAUUGGGCACCCACCGCGCAGACCAGGACCUCAAUGCGGCAUCGGACUCCGAAUCCGACGCAGAAAUGAACGACGACGAGAUGGAAGAAAUCGACACGGCGCUCGUCAAGGUCUUCCGCGCGCGCCGCGACGCUCUGAGCAAGAAGAAGGACAAAAAGGACGCCAAGGAGACUAUGGUCAACUUCAAGAACCGCGUGCUCGACUUACUCGAGAUCUACGUGAAGAAGUGCCACUCGUCGCUGCUCGCGCUGGACCUGCUUCUCCCGCUGUUACGGCUUACGCGGCGCUCGUCUGUCAAGCAGAUUAGUAACAAGGCGAACGCGGUGCUGCGGGAGUACACGAAACUCUGCAAGGGGAAUGCGGUCCCGGAGCUGCAAGAGGCGGAUACCGAGGCUGUCUGGGAUUUGUUGAAGGAUAUCCAUGCUGAGGCGAUGCACAGUGGGCCUCGGGCGCAUGGGUCCGGAUGUAGUCAGGCGAGUUUGCUUGUUGUCAAGGUGCUUGUUGCGCAUGACACGGAGGCUGUUGGUCGGGUUGUGGACGUCUACGGCGAGACGCGCAAGGCACAGUUGCUCAAUCGGAAGUGCCAUGUGCAGCCUGGGCUGUUUACUGACUGGAAUAACUGGUGUGUGUCGGCGAGUAAGCUAAUAAAGACUUAG